AUGCCUCUUCCUAAGAGCGUGCGGAAGUCCUUGCAGGAGGCCAGCCUGGGCGGCUCUGUCCGACCGGUCCCUUCUUCCAGCAGCGCGGCGCCUGUCUCUCACGACAAAAAGCUCGCGGCAUCAUUGCGGCACAAUGAGGAACUCAAGCGCUUCCUGGCUGUGGUUGAGCAGCGGCCUGAGGACUUUGAGUUGCUCAUCUCGAACCUGCGCACGGAAAUGCUGCGGGCACAGCCGCAGACGAGCAGUGGCAAACCGGAGGUGCCCUUGGCAAAGCAGGUCAUCCUCCUCGGAACCCCAAAGCAGUGCGGCCACCAUGUCGUGGUGUCGCUUUGA